AGUGACUGUUCCAGCGCCCGGCUGUGCUGUGGCUGUUGCUGGAAGCUGUGCUCUGUCUGUUAACCCCCGACACAGGACGUGACAAACAGGAGUAGGAAGACUCCUGUAGAGUCUCUGCUGACACCAGGCCUCAUUUGAAUAACAACACACGUGGCUGCACCUGCUCCCACAGGGUAAUGUAUAUAAAGAUGGAGCUCACUUUUUAGUGGGUAAAAAAAACACAGGAAGCGGUUUGACCAACAGCAGCAGUCAACAUGGGAAAGAUCAUCUUCUACGAGGACAGGAACUUUGGAGGCCGUCACUAUGAGUGCAUGAGCGACUGCGCCGACCUGCACUCCAUGUUUGACCGCUGCCGCUCCAUCAGGGUGGAGAGCGGCAUGUUCGUGAUCUACGACCGUCCCAGCUACACGGGAAACCAGUACUUCAUGAAGAGGGGAGAUUACUCCGACUACCUGGGCAUGAGCGGCAUGAAUGACUGUGUCAGGUCCUGUCGCAUGAUCCCCAUGCACAGUGGCAACUUCAAGUUGAGGCUGUACGAGCACUUCGACAUGAGAGGUGAGAUGAUGGAGCUGACGAACGACUGCCCCAACCUCAUGGACCGUUUCCGCAUGUCCAACUUCAACUCCUGCAACGUGAUGGAGGGCCACUGGCUGCUGUACGAGCACCCCCACUACAGGGGACGUCACUACUACCUGAGGCCUGGCCAGUACAGGAGCUUCAGCGAGUGGAGCGGCAACAGCUCCAGGAUCAGCUCCAUCAGGCGCCUCAUGAAUCUCUAAAGACAGAAGAAUGGUUCUUGUGAAGUGUCUGCUCUUUGCCUUGUUUCACACGCUGAAUAAAAUGGCGUCAGUGCUCACGUGUAUUCAGUUUUGUUCUUGCUCUCUGCGUUUGGAGGGCAUGUUUCCCCAGCAGGAUGUGACGGGGUCUUGGC